AUGUGUGCUUUAUCACACUCACCGCAUGUGUGCUUUCUCACACUCACCGCAUGUGUGCUUUCUCACACUCACCGCAUGUGUGCUUAUCACACUCACCGCAUGUGUGCUUUCUCACACUCACCGCAUGUGUGCUUUCUCACACUCACCGCAUGUGUGCUUUCUCACACUCACCGCAUGUGUGCUUUAUCACACUCACCGCAUGUGUGCUUUCUCACACUCACCGCAUGUGUGCUUUCUCACACUCACCGCAUGUGUGCUUUCUCACACUCACCGCAUGUGUGCUUUAUCACACUCACCGCAUGUGUGCUUUCUCACACUCACCGCAUGUGUGCUUUCUCACACUCACCGCAUGUGUGCUUUAUCACACUCACCGCAUGUGUGCUUUCUCACACUCCCUGCAUGUGUGCUUUAUCACACUCACCGCAUGUGUGCUUUCUCACACUCACCGCAUGUGUGCUUUCUCACACUCACCGCAUGUGUGCUUUCUCACACUCACCGCAUGUGUGCUUUCUCACACUCACCGCAUGUGUGCUUUAUCACACUCCCCGCAUGUGUGCUUUCUCACACUCACCGCAUGUGUGCUUUAUCACACUCACCGCAUGUGUGCUCUCUCACACUCCCCGCAUGUGUGCUUUCUCACACUCCCCGCAUGUGUGCUUUCUCACACUCACCGCAUGUGUGCUUUCUCACACUCACCGCAUGUGUGCUUUCUCACACUCACCGCAUGUAUGCUUUCUCACACUCACCGCAUGUGUGCUUUCUCACACUCACCGCAUGUAUGCUUUCUCACACUCACCGCAUGUGUGCUUUCUCACACUCACCGCAUGUGUGCUUUCUCACACUCCCCGUAUGUGUGCUUUUUCUUACUCACCGCAUGUGUGCUUUCUCACACUCACCGCAUGUGUGCUUUAUCACACUCACCGCAUGUGUGCUUUCUCACACUCACCGCAUGUGUGCUUUCUCACACUCACCGCAUGUGUGCUUUCUCACACUCACCGCAUGUGUGCUUUUUCACACUCACCGCAUGUGUGCUUUAUCACACUCACCGCAUGUGUGCUUUCUCACACUCACCGCAUGUGUGCUUUAUCACACUCCCCGCAUGUGUGCUUUCUCACACUCACCGCAUGUGUGCUUUAUCACACUCACCGCAUGUGUGCUUUCUCACACUCACCGCAUGUGUGCUUUCUCACACUCACCGCAUGUGUGCUUUCUCACACUCACCGCAUGUUUGCUUUCUCACACUCACCGCAUGUGUGCUUUCUCACACUCACCGCAUGUGUGCUUUAUCACACUCACCGCAUGUGUGCUUUCUCACACUCACCGCAUGUGUGCUUUAUCACACUCACCGCAUGUGUGCUUUCUCACACUCACCGCAUCUGUGCUUUCUCACACUCACCGCAUGUGUGCUUUAUCACACUCACCGCAUGUGUGCUUUAUCACACUCCCCGCAUGUGUGCUUUCUCACACUCACCGCAUGUGUGCUUUAUCACACUCACCGCAUGUGUGCUUUCUCACACUCACCGCAUGUGUGCUUUAUCACACUCCCCGCAUGUGUGCUUUCUCACACUCACCGCAUGUGUGCUUUCUCACACUCACCGCAUGUGUGCUUUAUCACACUCACCGCAUGUGUGCUUUAUCACACUCACCGCAUGUGUGCUUUAUCACACUCCCCGCAUGUGUGCUUUCUCACACUCACCGAAUGUGUGCUUUCUCACACUCACCGCAUGUGUGCUUUCUCACACUCACCGCAUGUGUGCUUUCUCACACUCACCGCAUGUGUGCUUUAUCACACUCACCGCAUGUGUGCUUUCUCACACUCACCGCAUGUGUGCUUUAUCACACUCACCGCAUGUGUGCUUUCUCACACUCACCGCAUGUGUGCUUUAUCACACUCACCGCAUGUGUGCUUUCUCACACUCACCGCAUGUGUGCUUUCUCACACUCACCGCAUGUGUGCUUUAUCACACUCACCGCAUGUGUGCUUUCUCACACUCACCGCAUGUGUGCUUUCUCACACUCACCGCAUGUGUGCUUUAUCACACUCACCGCAUGUGUGCUUUCUCACACUCACCGCAUGUGUGCUUUCUCACACUCACCGCAUGUGUGCUUUAUCACACUCACCGCAUGUGUGCUUUCUCACACUCACCGCAUGUGUGCUUUAUCACACUCACCGCAUGUGUGCUUUCUCACACUCACCGCAUGUGUGCUUUAUCACACUCACCGCAUGUGUGCUUUCUCACACUCACCGCAUCUCUCCACUGCCCUUGUCUGCUCCCCCCUGUCUCCUCUCCAUUGCUCUCUCCUGACCUCCUUCCGUCGCGCCUUCCGUCGCUCCUUCCGUUGCUCUUCCCAUUGCUCCCUCCCUUGCACCCUCCCUUGCUCCCUCCUUUGUUCUCUCAUUUGCCCCCUCCUUUGCUCCGUCUCUUGGUUGCUCCUUUGACCUCCGGUGGGUCAAUUUCUGCGCCUCUUCCUCAACCCACUCCUUCAUCUCCUUGUGACUCGAAGCCGUCGCUCGAGUAUCCUGGGAAGCGACAGGCCUCUGCUGCUGUAGCGAUUUUUGAGGCGCCUCAAAAGUCGUAUCCAGGGAAGCGACAGGCCUUUGCUGCGGUAACAUCUGCGGCUCUUCCUUUACCACCUGCACUUGCCCCUCCUGCCCCUCCUGCCCCUCCUGCCCCUCCACUUGACCCUCUCCUUUCUUCAAUCCCCUACCUGACCAUGCCCCAAUCCUCGUCCUCUUCUUAG